AUGGCAGAGAAAGACGAAAGCGGCCCUUCCACCGCCGCCUCAAAGGUGAAAAUGCAGAUGCAAAAAAUGCAAGAUGCAAAUGUCAAAUACAAAAAUCUCUUAAAACUAGCAAAAGAGAGAAUCCAACAGCAAGAUGAUGAAUUGAAAAGAUUGAAGGCUGAUCUCGAAUCUGUAAGUCGACAGGAUGUGCAACGAGACAACAAUGCGACUGGAGGCGAUGAAGUGCCCGAUGUCGUCGGGAAUGCGGUUGAGAAUGGCUGCAUCAUUGUUCGAGUGUGCCAAAGAGUCAAAGUCGACCAUGGUCAUCAGGAAGAAAGCAGUCACAAUCUUUCUGAAGAAAUUUGGGCACUUAUUGAGUUCGAGCUUUUUGACCCCGAUCAACAAGAGCCUGUCGUCCCCCCGCAACGAACGAAAAAGUGGAAGUUAUUUGAAAAGGAAGCUGAACUACAAGACUUUAUUCGCAGAGAUACAGGGGAACCACUCAAGCUUCCACCGUAUAGUCUAACACCGCAGCAAUCAUCUACAAUGCAAGAAGAGGCCAGGCAAUCUGUUUCCAAAAUAACAGAAGAGUUCCGACGGUUUCGUGUCAAGUCCGAAAUGGCUCGUAAGCAAGCCGACGCCCAAAUAAGAGAACUACAAACCAACAAUGUGGAAUCUGCAAAGAAGCGAAUUGAAGAUCAAGAUGUGGAAAAGGAGUUGGAACAAGCGAGAUCGGAAUUCUCUCGUUUUGAAAGGAUGAGAGCAGAAAUGUCACAGCAAGAAGCGCAAUGGAAAGAGGCCUAUGAUUUGAUUUUAGCGGAAAACAAGAAGCUGAAAAGCUCUGGCUCAGAAGCUCUUCUGGCGUCUCAGUGGAGACAGCGGUACGAAACUUGUGUGAAGGAAAAAUAUGAGCUCGAAUCAAAGCUAUAUGUAGCAGCGGAGAAGGCUGAGACUGUUGAUGGAAAGUAUGAGUUGAAAUAUCGGGACUUAAAAGAGUCUUUUCGGCUGUAUCGUAAGAAAGCGAAGGAGAUUUUCGAAGCACAGCAAGGAGGUCCACAAGGCACUUCCUUGGUUCGAAUUGGUACUUCAUCAAAUGACGACUCAAAAUUGGAUUAUUUAAAAAAUCUAAUGGUGAAUUACUUGACAUCAGAUAUUCAUGUCCGUGAGCACAUGGAAGGGGCUAUUGGUACUGUGUUGCAAUUUUCAACAGAAGAUAUAGAGAAAAUUGAAGCAAAGAAGGCGGAGAGCGAUUAUUGGGCAUAUUUGGGAUAUAACUAG